AGGGACACCAUAUACACUCGUUUAAACCAUUCCGCUCUUGUAGCCGUGAAUCCUUACAAAGCUCUACCCAUUUUUAGCGAUACUACCGUACAAGAAUAUGUCGCCGACUACAAAGACACCUCGGCUCAAAAGAAUCAACUACCUCCGCACGCUUUUCAAAUCGCCUCUCAGGCCUAUCUACACAUGCGACGAACAGGACAAGACCAAUCCGUCAUCUUAAGUGGUGAGUCGGGUAGCGGGAAAUCGGAGACCCGUAAGCUAUUGGUUAAACAGCUGAUCGCCCUGAGCGCCCAUCAUAAAAAAGAAUCAAGAAUUCAAACACAAGUUCCUUACUCAGAAUUUAUCCUCGAAUCUUUCGGAAAUUCAAAGACAAUAGUAAACAAUAAUGCAUCUCGUUUCGGAAAAUAUACCGAGCUACAGUUUAGUGAACGCGGAAAAUUGAUUGGCGCAAAGACACUCGAUUAUCUUUUGGACAAAAAUCGCGUCGCCAAUGUUCCACCAAAUGAACGAAACUUUCACGUCUUUUAUUAUUUUAUCGCUGGUGCUUCACAAGAGGAGAAAUCUCAUCUUCAUCUCACCGAUGCCUCUCAAUACCGUUACCUAAACGUUCCUAGAGGAACACGAGGGCCUAGCGCCGAGGACAUUGACAACUUUAAUGAGCUGAAGCAGGCCCUGAAAUCUUUAGGAUUCCACAAAAGGCACGUGGCUCAGAUGUUUCAACUUCUGGCCGCUAUUCUACAUCUGGGUAACUUACAAUUCAUGCAAGAUCCCAACAACAGAAUGAAAGACUCGGCGUUCGUGAAGAAUGUGGACGUUUUAGAUUUGGUUGCCGACUUUCUGGGCCUUGAUACUAAUUCCUUGGAAACCGUUCUCACCAACAAAACUAAAUUGAUCAAGAAGGAACUGUGCACCAUAUUUUUGGAUGUCGAGGGUGCUUCGACGCAGCGUGAUGACCUU